GGGCGCCGGGGUCCGAGCCGCCCUGCCCGCCGUUGCCGGGCAGCCGCUCGGAGGCCCGGCCACACGGGGAACCUGGCGGCGCCGAGAGGUGUCUGUGGGGGACACCAGGACUGCAGAUCUCUCGCCAUGCAGAAGCCAGUCAGCUCCUGCUGGACCUCCCUGGGCCUGAAGGGGAGCCACCACCCGGUGACAUCUGCUGGUGCAUCCCUCACCCCUGUCGCUGGCAGCUUGGGGUGGAGCCACAUGCAGGCCGGCUAGACUGGCGGUCCCCCCAGGCCUGGCUCCUGGACUAUGCCGGCCAGGCUGUGGAGCCUGGGGUACUCGGAGCCAGCUCCCCAGCAGCCUGAGGACACCAUGUUCAAGGGUUGGCUGCCCAACACUGACAAAGACCUCACCUCCAACCCGGGGUCCCCACCCACUAGCAACUGUCAGGGUCCUGAGAAGAGCCCAGCUCUCCCUUCAAACAUCUCAGCCAAGAGCCAUGAUGACCCACAGACUAAGGCAAAACUCUUUGCCCCGAAACCACCACCAAUGAGGCCCCGGCUGGAACGUGCUCUGUCCCUGGAUGAGAAAAGUUGGAGGAGGAGACGUUUUCGGACCAGCCAGGAGGACCUGGAUUCCCAGAAUGGGACCAGCCCAUCCAGGGGCUCCCUGAAGGAGGAGCCCUCUGGGCCUUCCACCCACUGUGGCCCCCUACCCUGCCUAAGCACAUCCCUGCAGGAAAUCCCCACCUCACGCAGAGCCCCCAGCAAUGCGGGUGGGAACCCCACCUCAUGGGGUAGCUGCUUAUCGGGCAUGAUCAGCACCUCCUUGGACGUCCUGCACCGUGACGGGGUGGGGAGCACCCCUCGGCUGGCCAGCAUGCUGGCUCCACGCUCGCUGCCCGCCAUGGACCUGAAUGUGACCUCAGACUCCUUGCGCACGGCCAACAAGGUUGAUGCCAACCAUGCUGACUACAAGCUUGGCCUUCAGGCCCGGUUGUUCAGGGCUCAUAGCAGCCUGGGCCCUGGUCUUCCCCCAAGCCCUCUGUCUUUUGACAACUGUUCCCUUCGUUCAGCCAAGUCCUCCUUCAGCCUUCUGGCACCCAUUCGAGCCAAGGAUGUUCGCAGCAGGAGCUACCUGGAGGGAAGCCUCCUGGCAAGCGGGGCCCUGAUGGGGGCCGAGGAGCUGGCCCGCUACUUCCCAGACCGGAAUCUGGCACUCUUCGUGGCCACUUGGAACAUGCAGGGCCAGAAAGAGCUCCCUACAAACCUGGACGAGCUCCUGCUGCCUGCUGAGGCCGACUUUGCACAGGACCUGUAUGUGGUCGGGGUCCAGGAGGGCUGUUCGGACAGGCGGGAAUGGGAGACCCGCCUGCAGGAGACUCUGGGCCCCCACUACGUGAUGCUGUACUCCACAGCCCACGGGGCGCUCUACAUGUCUGUGCUCAUCCGCAGGGACCUCAUCUGGUUCUGCUCAGAGGUGGAGAGCUCCACAGUGACCACGCGCAUCGUGUCUCAGAUCAAAACCAAGGGCGCCUUGGGUGUCAGCUUCACAUUUUUUGGCACCUCCUUCCUCUUCAUCACAUCCCACUUCACCUCGGGAGAUGGGAAGGUGAACGAGCGGCUGCUGGACUACACCAAGACCGUGCAGGGCCUCACCCUGCCCAAAAAUGUGCCGGAAACCAGCCCCUAUCGCUCAGACUCAGCGGAUGUCACCAGCCGGUUCGAUGGGGUGUUCUGGUUUGGAGACUUUAACUUCCGCCUGAGCAGUGGGCGUGCGGCUGUGGAGGCCAUCCUGAAGCAGGAUGUGGGGGCCAGGGUGCCAGCCCUGCUGCAGCAUGACCAGCUCACCAGGGAAAUGAGGAAAGGGUCCAUCUUCAAGAGCUUCCAGGAGCCAGACAUCCACUUUCUCCCAUCUUACAAGUUUGACAUUGGGAAGGAUUCCUACGACACCACCUCCAAGCAGAGGACACCCUCCUACACUGACCGGGUCCUGUACAGAAGCCGCCACAAGGACGAUAUCUGUGCCCUCAAGUAUGCCUCCUGCCCCGGUGUUAAGACAUCUGACCACCGCCCUGUGUAUGGCUUGUUCCGGGUGAAAGUGAGGCCAGGAAGAGACAAUAUCCCGCUGGCUGCAGGCAAGUUUGAUCGGGAAUUGUACUUACUAGGAAUUAAAAGGCGGAUUUCCAAAGAGAUCCAGCGACAACAGGCACUGAAGAGUCAGAACUCCAGUGCCAUCUGCACUGUCUCCUGAAGCAGGCUGUGAAGAUGGAGCACAGGAAACGAUGGAAGAGGGUGCACUGGGGCCUCCUGAGCCUCUGAGGUGCUGACAGGCCCCUUCAAUUAGCAGUCCUAGGCAUCAGCACCCUUGCUUUCUGCCCAACCCACUGACACUUUCCUAACUUCCUGAUUGCAAGCUGCCCUGACUCCCUGGCACAGGUGAGGACGGAAGGAUUUCUGAUCCAUGCACACAUGCCAGAGCCAGGCUGAAGCUGUGGUUUAAAAAGCAGAACACAUCUUCUGAGGAUGGGCUGGGAUGACAAUACUGGUCUUGGGCCUUAGGGAGCUGGCCCAUUUUUCUGGCCUCUUAAUUCCAGCCCCUGCGCCUCUAGCAGCAGCUGUUAAUGGCAGUACUAUGUGUCAUGCAGGCCUAAGGAAUCUGGAAGCUCGGGGUCACUGUGACCUUGCCAGUUUAGGCUAACCCCACCACCCCUACUUCCAGAUUUUUUUUUUCCCCUUGGAGAGGUAUAGAGCCCAGUGUCUCUUCAUAGCUUAUCCUAUUUCUUGAAGGAAAAACAAAACCACCACCAAACUUUCAUUGUGUAAACCUCUGGGGGCAUUAAGUCUAGUCUUUUAAAUUAUUUUUUCCAUAUUUAUAUUUUUUAAAUAAAUGCAUAUAUUGAAUCUUAAAGCUCCUGCUGGCCAAAGACUGAGCUCUGGGGACAACAAGCAGAGUUGAUUGUUACUGUGGAUUGUGUCACAUAGGUGUCCUGGUGGGUGGCAGGUGGAGGGGCAUUCAGGAAAGCAGGAGUAAACCUGUAGCAAACAAACUACCAGUAGCUCCAGACAUAUGGAAUAUGGGCUUAGAGCAGUGCACACCCAACCUCUGGAGACAAACAGGAGUAGUUCCAUCAACAAGGCGGCAAAGCCAAUCCCAGUUAAUUUCAAGCUAUUGUCUACAUGUAUAAAAUUUUGCUCUGA